AUGGAAUUGUCGUCAGGGUUAUUAAGAGAUAUCGGUAAAUUGUAUUUUGAAGCGAAUGAUUAUAAUCUGCAAAUUACGGUCGGAGGAGUAGACGAAUCUAUCGAAAGAGAAACGUUUAAGGCACAUUCGGUAAUUCUUCGUGCAAGAUCUACAUAUUUUCAAAAUCUAUUUUCUAACGAUCAAAUAAAAAAAGAUGGUGAAUGGUUCACAUUCGAAAAAUCAAAUAUACAUCCAGACGUAUUUCGAUUACUACUAGAGUACAUUUAUACUGGGAUAUGCGACUUGAAAGAACCGGACAUGCAAGACCUAUUUAUACCGUUGUUGUUAUCGGCUGACGAGCUGUCUUUAACUGAUUUGGUGAAAUAUAUUCAAUCACACAUAAUCGAUAACGAACAAUCAUGGUUACACGAUAAUUUCGUACACAUAUUUCACGUUACCACCACACAUUCGACAACUUUCUCAUUAUUAGCCAACCACUGUAGCCAAUUAAUUUGUGAAAAUCCUUCCCUGUUAUUUGGCACACCGUCCUUUAUACGAUUGGGAAGAUGUUCAUUGUUAACGAUAAUUAAGCGUGAUGAUUUGGAUUUGAGCGAAGUUGAUAUAUGGAAAUAUUUGUUACAAUGGGCGAUUAAUCAACACCCUUUACUUAAUACAUCAGGUGAUGCUGAUUCAUGGACGAAAAAGGAUUUCAUGGAGUUGGAGAAUCGACUAAAAGACUUUCUUCCUUAUAUAAGAUUUUUUCAAAUACCAGGUGAUAAAUUAUACGAAUUUGUUUGGCCUUUUAAGAAGAUUUUACCAAAGAAAUUGAAGGCUCAAUUAACUCAAUUUCAUAUGAUGCCAAAUACUGAAUUACCACCUUUGGGUAUUAAUUACAAUUUAUCGCUGCGUUUACCCAAACAUAAUAUUGAAUCUUUAUACGUUACGUCCAAACAUGCCGCUAUGUUGAACGCGUGGAUAAACAUGGGCGAGAACGGUAUAAAGAAUAGAGAUAAAGUUGAAUUUCAAUUGCUGUUGAGAGGGAGUAGAGAUGGUAUGGACGUAAAGACUUUUCAUGAAUUAUGCGAUAACAAAGGUCCAACCUUAGUGUUAGUUAAAGUGCUUGUCAUCGAAGUUAAUAACAUUUGCGGUAGUGAUGAUGUUGAUAGUUGCGAUAGCAUUCAUGAGGAUGAUCUCAAUGAGAUUUGUAAUAGUAGUGUCCUUAGUAACUCCACAAGUCAUUUUUCUACAAUUCGUUCUAAUGCCAGUGUUUCCGUGAUCGGAGGAUAUAAUCCUUUAAGCUGGAGUUCAUCGGACACAUAUUUGCAGACGAGCGAUUCGUUUAUCUUUUCGUUCGCAAAUUCAGAUACUUGUGAACAAGAUGAAUAUAUUUUAAGUAGGGUGCAAAAUUCUCGAUAUUCGAUUCGUGAUAUGUCAUGUAAAUUGAAUAAUGUCGGAUUCGGUCAUGAUCUCUGGUGGUUUAGCGGUAGUUGUACCCAGCAAUAUUACGAAAAAAAGAUUUUACCCCCUAAUAGUGGUAGUACCUUUAUCAUGAAUGAUUAUGAGGUGUUCCAGGUAAUCAAUUCCAGAGAAGAGCUUUAUGUUGAGGAAAAUGAGAGUAUUAAUUGGACUGAAGUGAAAAGCUCUAAAGAAGAAUUGAGCAAUGGACAAUUGUUUAGUGUUAAAAAUCUUGUCGCUAUUGAUACUUAUAAUGAAAGCGAUGGGAGUGUGUUAAAUGUUGGUGAGGAUACAAAGAGUUUUAAAAGUGAAGAUAAUAGUUUAGAAAAUGAAGUACUUAUUAUGUAA